AGGUCUGACAUCUGACGUUAAAAUAUAUAAAUUCGAAAACAUUCACAUUAGGACGUCAAGUGCGGUUUUUUUGUACACGAAUUUAUUUUUAUAGUCCUAAAAUCUAAAAUAGUUGUUAUAUGCAAAAUAAGCAAAUAAGCUAAUAGAUAAUGCUGUAGUGUAAAGAAGGGAGUUAUAGGUUAGUGGGCGUAAGCUAUGAGUUGGAGGUUAGUGUAAACGAAUUUUGGAACAGUGAAGACGUUGCUUAGAUUUCUCAGAAGAGAUUCAUUUUGUAGACGUGUAGUGUAGUCGACCAAACAAUCACGAAAUGGUUAUUAAAAAAAUUUGUUGCGUCGGCGCUGGAUAUGUUGGGGGCCCCACGUGUAGUGUCAUAGCCCUAAAAUGUCCGGAAAUUAAAGUCACUGUAGUUGACUUAUCCAAAACAAGGAUCGCCCAGUGGAAUUCCGACAAACUUCCCAUUUAUGAGCCUGGUUUGGAUGAUAUAGUAAAAGCAUGCAGAGGAAAAAAUUUGUUUUUUUCAAAUGAUAUAACUACCGCAAUUUUAGAAGCUGACCUAAUAUUUAUUUCUGUUAAUACACCAACAAAAACCAUUGGUAAUGGUAAGGGACGAGCGGCCGAUCUGAAAUAUGUAGAAGGAGCCGCGAGAAUGAUAGCAGAAAUUGCCCAAAGCGAUAAAAUUGUCGUUGAGAAAAGUACUGUUCCUGUUAGAGCGGCCGAAAGUAUAUUAAAAAUUCUAAGUGCCAAUCAAAAACCAGGAGUAUCCUAUCAGAUACUCUCUAAUCCGGAAUUUUUGGCAGAAGGGACUGCUAUAAACGACCUUAUUAACGCCGAUCGGGUACUAAUUGGUGGGGAGGAAAGUCCUGGUGGACAAGCUGCCAUUGAAGAGUUGUGCAGUAUCUAUGAACACUGGAUACCCCGAGAAAAAAUUUUUACGACCAAUACUUGGUCGUCAGAGUUGUCAAAAUUGGCUGCGAAUGCAAUGUUGGCACAAAGGAUAUCCAGUAUAAAUUCACUGUCAGCUGUUUGUGAAGCGACUGGUGCUGAUGUAUCAGAAGUGGCCACAGCAAUUGGUUUAGAUUCGAGAAUAGGUCCCAAAUUUCUUCAAGCUUCUAUAGGUUUUGGUGGGAGCUGUUUUCAAAAGGAUAUCCUCAACUUGGUGUACAUUUGCGAAUGUUUGAAUCUUCCGGAAGUUGCCGCCUACUGGCAGCAAGUAGUGGACAUGAACGAAUACCAAAAGUCCAGAUUUACUUCCAAAGUUAUUCAGUCGUUGUUUAAUACCGUCAGCGGCAAAACGGUGACGAUUUUAGGAUUCGCGUUUAAAAAGAACACUGGAGAUACUAGAGAAACUCCAGCGAUACAUGUAGCGAAAACUCUUCUUGAUGAAGGAGCUACGUUGAAGAUUUAUGAUCCAAAAGUGGAAGAAGAACAAAUUUAUUAUGACCUGACUCACCCGUCGGUUUGCGAAUCCCCAGAGAAGGUGAAGAGUGCUAUUACUAUAUAUCACGAUGCGUAUUCGGCUUGUGAGAAAUCUCAUGCUAUUGUGUUAUGCACUGAAUGGGACGAAUUUAAGACCUUGGACUACCACAAAAUCUACCAUGCAAUGAUGAAACCUGCGUAUAUAUUUGAUGGUCGCAAAAUUUUAGAUCAUCAGUCACUUAUUGACAUUGGUUUUCAUGUACAGACCAUUGGAAAAACUUUGCAGAGACCUCUCUUGACGAGGUUUUGUGGAGGAAAUUCUUGUGUUCAUUGAUCCAUGGUCUUGUAUCCUGGCUACUGAUUACCGUUGUAAGUGUAGGAAAUGUUACACAAAUUUUAAAAUCUGUAUUAAUGCAGUUCACAGUUCUUAGAACAUAACGGUUCUUUAUUAAAGCAUGUACUUAAAUUCUGUGGUAAUGAUUUUAUGUAUCCGUACAAUAAAGUAAGGGAAGUCUUAUUCUGUCGUAAAAAAUUAAGAUUAAAGGAACAACAUUUAAAGACUGAAAAAAGGCUUAUAAAAUUCGCCCAUUUGUUUUUACAUAUUGUCUUUUUCAAAUUAUGUUCAGCUGUCAUACUAUUUGAUGUUAGUAACACUAUAGUAAUAAUUACAUACAUCAUUCAUUUAUUUAUCUGAUUUAUUAAUCGUAUUAUUUUUAAUUGGCAUAGAUUCAGGUUCUAGCAUUAGCAACUUGGGACUUGCAUCAGUAUUGACGAUUUAUCUCAUUGUUUUGCCAUCUUAUUCUCACUAUAAACAUUGUAAUUAUUUUUAAUUUGUAUUAAUUGCUAUUAAUGAUGAUGUUUUUUGCAUAAUGAAAAAAAUGGGUGUAGUAUACUACAGCUUAAUUCAAAAAUUUAGUGGAAAGUGGACCGUUUGUCUGAACUUAACCUAAGUUUUCAUUUUUUGCUGCGUCGCCAGGUGUGCUGGAACUGGAAUGACCAAACACUGCUUAUGAACAAUAUUUUUAUAUAUAUAAAAAAUAGUUAAAAAUUCAGCGUUGUAAAAAAAUGAAAAUUUAAUGUUGAGCAAAUAUAAAAUAUAUUUUAUUUUAUUUAAAUCGCAUUUUCUUUAUUACUGUUUAUGCUAUUAAUAUCUUAAAAUAUUACAUAUUUAUAUAUUCAUAAAACGGUACAAGUGCUAAUUCAGUUUCGUAACUUAAAUUUUUCAAAUUUAGUUCAACACUUUUUUCUACGAAGUUUGAUACAGCAGCAUUUUAACAUAAUCAUAGAAAUAAUUUCAACAUUCCUUGUGCUGGGCCAACUUAAUGUAACUUAUCUGCAAAGUCUACAAUGAAGGAACAAGUUUGGAACAAUUUUUUACAUAACUGAUUUGUUUAUUUUUAAUAGCUUUAAGUGCGAACGUAGUGCACAAUGUGUUUGUGUUUUAGUUGUAAUCCAGAGUUUUUUUAAAUUUUAGUUGUUUUUCUUGCAAGAGUUCAUUGUAUUUUAUGCUUCAUUGUUUAAAAGUAAAAUUAUAAAUUUUAUUUUAUUUAUGAAUGUGCAAUUUAUAUUUUUAUUUGUGCUUAUUUUGUGAGUAAAGAUUUCCAAAUCAAACCUCAUUUUUGCAAACUCAAAAGUCAGGUGUUGGGACUGGGGCGGUUGUGGACGGUUGUAAAAUUGUGACGAUAGAGUUUGUUUAAAUACAGUAAUACAAUAAAAAUUGGGCGGUGAUGGUUUGGAAAUCAGUAUUUUAAUCAUGAGUAUUUUUUGAAUAUUUAUAUAAAAUUAUUUUUGUGGUAAAUAAUGUAAGUGCAAUUUUUAUAAUAAAGUAGUAAAUAAAUCAA